AGGCGAGCCUCGUCUAAAUGGCCCCCUGGAAGCCAGACGCCCUUGGCGUAUUCGGAGGGCGGCUUCAUUCAAGAGACGCUGCAGUGGGGGGUCUGAAGGGUCUGGCAGGCAGGAGAAAGAAGGAAAACAGUCGCACCCAGCACUGCCUUUCCUUGCAGCCUCUUUCCUCCCUUCAGACCAGAUAAAAACUCCGAGGGUUUAAGGACAAGUGCUUUGAAAGCUUCAAGGAAGGUGAUGUUGUUCCACUUGGUGCUGAUCAGGACAAAGAGGAGAUGGAGGGCAGUGCGGCACAGAGGAACCUCCUUUCCUGCCUCUGUCUGCUUCUGGAACAUGCCAUGGAGGCUGCAGAGUCCUUCUUCCCUACUGUCAUCCCACACAUUGAGGCCCUCAAAGAAGGACCUACUUCAGCCAGAAAGAGCUAGGCUAACCUCAGUCGCCCAAAGGUCCUUCUCUGCUGCUGCUGCUCCAAAGUUGUGGAAUGACCUGCUGGAGGAGAUCCACCACGUUUCUGCUCUUCAAGAGAAUUGAGGGAUGGCUGAAAUAAUAUAGUGGCACUUUAGAGAUCAAUAAGUACAUUGGAGCACAAGGUUUUGUGAGCCAAAGCCCAUUUUAAUCAGAUGCAUGAUAUAGUUUUUGAAUUUAUUUAAAACAGUGUGAGUAUAGAAAAACAAAAUGUAAACACACACAAAGCCAGUUGGAAAGUUCAAUCUGCUUUGGCCUUGGCAGCCAGCCCCUGUGCCACUUUUCUCACUGCUCCAGAAGGUCCUCCAAUACUACUACUCCAGUGCAGAUUUGCAGGAAUCACAGCAUGAUGUGAGAGAUGGGAUUGUCAAGAGUUCCCUCCUGUGUUAAUCCAGUAGCACAAAAACCUCCCACUGACACAAGGAAUCUUUUUGUCCGCAUGAGGAUUAUGUUGAAUCCAAAGAAGUAUGCCACAGGAUGAUACUCAUGGGAAGAGAGAACUGAAUGGUCAGCACAACAUAUUAUCUAGGAGUCAUCUGACUGUCAGAGGUCACCUUCGUUAGAAUGGCAAAAGCAACAACUAUUAAAGAAGCUCUAGCCAGAUGGGAAGAAAAAAAUGGUCAGAAGCCAUCAGAGGCCAAGGAAGUGAAGCUUUAUGCCCAGAUUCCUCCUAUAGAGAAGAUGGAUGCAUCUCUUUCCACACUUGUUAAUUGCGAGAAGCUAUCCUUAUCUACAAACUGCAUUGAAAAAAUUGCCAACUUGAACGCACUAAAAAACCUGCGGAUUUUAUCAUUGGGGAGAAACAACAUAAAGAAUCUCAAUGGGCUGGAAGCAAUUGGUGAUACUUUAGAGGAACUCUGGAUUUCAUACAACCUGAUUGAGAAAUUGAAAGGGCUGCAAGUAAUGAAAAAGCUGAAAAUUCUCUACAUGUCCAAUAAUCUGGUGAAAGACUGGGCAGAGUUUGUGAGGCUGGCCGACUUGCCAUUGUUGGAGGAUCUGGUGUUUGUAGGUAAUCCAUUGGAAGAGAAAUAUUCAGCUGAUUCACAGGCUGCUUGGAUUGAAGAAGCAACCAAGCGAGUGCCCAGACUGAAAAAACUUGAUGGUAUUCCAGUUAUUAAGCAAGAAGAAGGCGAAGAAGGAGAAAACUAGCAGAACUUUCCCCCCCUUUCCCUUAAAUUAUUGAUGUAUCGCCAGCAUUAUACACUAAAUGAAGCUUUUAUAUAAACAUGACUUUGAAGAAAAAUUUGGGCAACAAUUUUAAUUGACUUAUUUUUAUGUUCUCCUUUCUCACCCAAAGAGUUACUUACCAAAAUGAGAAUGCCAGUUAUGUGGAGCAUCUGUUGUUUUUAUUUUUUACUUUUUUAUUUAAUGUGUGGUUUUUGUGAAUACCUGUUGAUUUGAAAACUAGCUAUUAGUAUGUUUACUUAGAUUUUUUAAAGUAGGGCUGAAAGAAACAAUUUUUUAUAUUAAGACUCUUUAUACCAGGUACUUCUUUUUGGUAUUGCCUUUCUGAAGGGGGAAAAAAAAACACCUGAAGCUUGAUGUGCUUAAAUGUUUGUCAGGGUGUCUUAUACUUUUCCUCCUAUCUGCUCUGCUAAUUGCAAAUGUAGUCUUUUCAGUUUAUUUUACCUAUAAAGAAAUGAGGUUUAUGGAAUGGAUUAAAAGCAAAAUAUGUCACUAGCAAAGAGCCUGCAAUGUACCAUAUUAAGCUGCAUUGGACUCUUACAAUUUAACUUGCUGGAGGCAUCUUACUAUAUAGAAUUAGGUGCAAGAGCAAAGGCAGUAAGUUUGUUGUAGCUAAAGCACUUCUUUCAGAAACCCUAGUUUGAUUUGAUAUGCUACUUGAGUAAUUCACAUAAUUUAAAGAACAAGAGACUCUCAGGCCAAACAAAGGCUUGUGCUGUUGAUGAGUUCUUCAUCGUUCUGGAAUUUGAGUAACCUAAGGAGGGGUAGCAGCUGUCUAAAGAGGCAUAAGAGAAUAAGCUUCAGUUUGAGGGUUCAGCCAGUGAUGAAUGAAAAAACUGCAGGAAGGGAAGGGGAGUGAAGCUUUAUCCUUUCAUUUCAUUUAGAGGCAUUAUUGUUUGAUCGAGGCAAACUUUUGCUCCAGUUUUAUUGCACUUAACUAAUUUGGCUCUGACAAUCAGGUUUGUUGUUAAUAUAUGUGAUAAAGAAAAAUCAAAGAGAUGUGACCAAGGCUACAAUCCAAUGUAGAUGUUCCUCAGGGUAAGUCCCUUUGACCUUAGUGGGGCUUCUGAGUAGACAUGUGUUGGGCUGAAGUGGCCAUGAAGGUUGUAUGAAUUGCACAACUAUUUCCCAUGAACUCUAAUCCCCUGUGGAAUAUUAGUUGUACUUUGGUUUUCUACACCAUCACAAACCUUACCAUGUGGCAGUUGUACAACAUCUAAUUACUCUACCACACUGUUCAACAUUGGUUUACUAGACAUUUGUCAGUGGUUAGUAUCUUCUGUUAAUCAUGUCCAUUUGCAGUUCAUCAUCCUUUUAAGUACAGAAUUCCCUUCUGGUUUUGUACUUGUUCCUUUGAACAAUAAUCCCGUUUUUUGUUUUUCAUCUAGAAUUUAACUACUGCUAUGGUUAAUUUUUUUUAACUUUUGUGAUAUUAUUUGAUUUCCUUUAAGGGAAUAAUUUUACACUAAGGAACAGCCUAAACAUCCUUUUAAAUAAAUGAAUUAAACUGUAUUUGAAAUGCAAAAAUAAUUUUUUGCAUUAAUUUUUUGCCCUUAUACUAGCAGCAUGCACAUGAGAUUGAAUUGUUUUUCCAAGACAUAAAAUAUUUACUCCUAUAGUAUAUAUUUAUAUUUCAUGAUAAUUAUUUCUACAAAUCUUUGUAAGUAAACUAGUUAUUUUUGAAGAAAGAUAUAAUCACAAAUCAGGCUUAAUGCUUGACAUUAUUGAGGCUGCAGUUCUAAACAACUUACUAAUAACGCCACAUACAAGGCUUUCAGACAGGUAAACUUUUCUAAAAUAGUCAGUUUCUUAUUGUCUGUUUGAUGUCACCAGCUAACAUAUGAAAAGGAAGGUUAGUAAAAUGUAUGAAGUAGUAAUUUGUACAAUUGUUGUCAAGGCAAGAAUAUGAUCAAUGUUUGUACAGUGGUAUAAUAGAAGCCCUGUAGAGAACAUGGCUAACCAAAUGUGAACUUUCUAAAAUAUCCUUUUUUUAAAUUUCCAAACAUUUUUUUCAGUUUUAGAAUUCUGAAGUUAUGUAGUUUUCCAAAGAAGUAGCGGUGUUUAGUCCCUUGUAGCAAGAAAGAAGAAGGGGGAGAAAAGGAAAAAAGGAAAUAUGCUAUUAGAAGGAAAAGAAUUGCAAAGUAGUAGCCUUUAUGGGGGAAAAAAUCUCUGUAUAUGCCUUUGUGGAAUGUUGUGAAGGAUGUAAGAUUUUGGGGGAUAAGAGUAACAGAUGCACGACAAAUGGAUCUGCUCUUUAAUUAGCAAAGUGGGUUUCUUUAAGACUUGGUGCUAAGCUUUCUCAAAGUAACAUUCUUAAACUCCUACUGACAGAUGGUGUUUCUUGCAGAUUAGCUUGUAAAGUGACAAAUUACUCCUCAGUCCAGCUUCUUUUUGUUGCUUGAGCUGAAGCAACAACUGUUCAUAGAAAAGAUGACCAUCGUGCUCAGCUGUCUGCAUCUGGUCUGUUAGUCCUGUUAUCUUUGCCAUAAGUAAUUGAGAAAGAACUGGGAUAGGGAACAAAGGGAUAAAACAGAAGCCCUAGAUGGUUCAUAAUCUGUUAUAUAACUUCAAAAAACAGAACAUGUGUUUUGUUUGUCUUGCAACCUGAGCGUGGUUAAAACAACGGGGAGAAAGGGCUUUAAAAAUGCAUUGGCCAGUCUUGCUAUUAAGAUAUUUAUAAAAUGCAAGUUUAACUUAGGUAGAGAAGUGUAGUGUAACAAUAGUGCUGGGGCCCUACACCCAAACUUGCAAUUCAUUUCACUUGAGCUUUCUCUCAGUACCAAUUAUCCUUUUCCAUAUACACUCUUCUUUAUCCAAAAUAAUGGCUUUACAUUUUUACAUUUUUAAAUAAUGCUGAAUUGUAUUUUGUAUCCUUCCAUAUAUUUAUUACAAUGUGAAGGAAAAGGGGGAACCAAAAGAACUGUGUUGGGGUUGACUACUGCUCAGGAAAAAAUGUAUAAAGUUAACAAGAUGGGUGAAAAGGUCUAUAUAUGAUGCAUAUUCAGCUUAAAAUAAGUCUGUGACAACUAAAAUAAUUGGGUAGAUGAGCAAGAUAUUUUUUCUUCAGAUCCAUGAAAGGUGAUUAAAAAAUAAAAAGAUGUACAGGCUUUUUUGUGAGCGGAAAGGGAAAAAACUUCCAGUGUAAUGGAUCAAAGAUUUCUUCAAAAUACAGUAUGUCAUGUAGACCACAAUAUCUACUGAUGCAAGGAAAUGUCUAGUAACUUCUCAUAGCCAUUGUAGAAACAUCCUUUCCCAGGCCCUGACUACACAGCAUGGCAGUUUAAAUUACAUCUUGAUAGUUAAUUUCAUCUGUGCAAAUAUAAUUAUGUCAUGAGGAGCACUCCAUUUCAGCUACCUUCAGAAAGAAAGGAAGAGAGCCUUAACAGGUGGAAUUUGGGUUGAAUGAUCCCCCUUUAAAAAUGUGAAGUACAGUCGACCCUCAUUUUUGCAGGGGAUCUGUUCUGGACACCACCAUCCCAAAAACGGAAACUUGUAUGUAUUCAAGCCCCAUAGGCUGGAAUGGGGCACGCCCCUGCGAGUGUGGGAUUGUGCACCAGUGGCAUGCCCCAUUGGAGUUAACAGAGGUCGGCCCUCCGUGUAUAAGCAAGAACGUGGAUCUCAAGUCCAUGAGAAAGGAGGGGCAACUGUGCAGUGAAAGUUGCUACUAAACCAAUCAAGUACUGUACAGUAUUUGAAAUUCCCCAAAUGUGUGUUAAACCUAAGGAAAGCUCUUAAGAAUGUGCAUAGACCUGGUAGAGAAAACCAUGUGAUUUAAUAGUUUUGUGGAUACUUAGCACAACAGUUUUUGUAUACCAGUAUCUUGUGGCUGUUCCACACAUCACAGGAAAAGAUGGGUCCUCCUAAUUCUGCAGCAUGUCAACUGUAUCUUUUUUCCCCUUACCAUAUUUUAAGUGCAAAUGAACAAAUGGACAUAUGGAACACAUGGUUGGAAAGUGUUUUUUCCUCCACUUGUGUGCACAUGUUCACAUGUACCUACACCCAUCCACUCAGUUUUACAUGGCGAACAUGCUAUGUAAACAUGCUGUGGGACCCUUCUCUUUCUUAUGACUGGAUCAGCACUUCCUAAAAGAGUAUCUAAGGUGCAAUCCACAAUCUUGUGAAGACCAUGGCCCCAUUAGAUAUACAUCUCCAAGUGAAGGGUAGUGAAAUUGUUAUCUAACAGGUGCAGCUAGGACUUUAACAUUGUUCCAGACUACCAUCAGGCUGCUUUUGCAUCACUGUCAAAUUAUUUCCAAUCUUUAUUUUCCAUGCAUAUAAAAACCUCCCCCUGCAGAAAUCUGGCACGAAAAGAAUGGCCAGUUUCUUUCCAUGUUGGAUGGAUUAUAUGUAAUCUGAACAAAUCAGAAGUAUACUUGCCAAAAUUAAUGGAAUAAGGUUUUAAAAAUUGCACUUUAAAAUUAUGCACUGGAUGUUGGGGGAAAGUAAAGUGAAUGGUUAGCAGUUGGUGUAUGGUUGGGUUGCUCAGAGAAAAGGGCAACACAGCCAAGGAAACAAUUGAAAGGAAUUGCUCUGAGCUUGAACUGCUGUCUUCCUAUAUUUUGUGCAUUUUGGUUGGUCCAAUAAAGUUAUUGCUGUUUGUGGA